UAUUCUUGCCUCUUCUUUAGAAAUCCCACAAUGGCGCUCAACAAAAAGGACGAAGACGACGCCGGCAUUCUCAAGGUCGACCGCACCUCUGUCUUCCAGGAAGCGCGCGUCUUCAACAUCUCGCCCAUCUCACCGCGAAAAUGUCGCAUCCUCCUCACGAAACUCGCGCUCCUGCUCUCGUCCGGCGAGAAGUUCCCCACCAACGAAGCAACCUCCCUCUUCUUUGGCAUCUCCAAAUUGUUCCAGAACAAGGAUGCCUCGCUGCGCCAGAUGGUCUACCUGAUCAUCAAGGAGCUUGCCAACACCGCCGAAGAUGUCAUCAUGGUCACCAGCUCCAUUAUGAAGGAUACUGCCGUGGGAAGUGAUGUCGUCUACCGCGCCAAUGCUAUUCGAGCUCUCUGCCGCAUCAUAGAUGCUUCCACCGUGCAGGCAAUUGAGAGGAAUAUCAAGACUGCCAUUGUGGACAAGACGCCGUCCGUCUCUUCUGCUGCUUUGGUGUCUAGUUACCACUUGCUGCCAAUUGCGAAGGACAUCGUGAAGAGAUGGCAGAGCGAGACACAGGAGGCAGCUUCUUCCACGAAGUCGAGUGGAGGGUUCAUGGGGUUCGGAGGCUCAUCGCAACACCUUCCCGCGAAUACGAACUACAUGACGCAGUACCAUGCAAUUGGUCUGCUCUACCAGAUGAGGAGUCAUGAUCGCAUGGCUCUGGUCAAGAUGGUGCAACAGUAUUCUGCCGCUGGCGUUGUUAAGAGCCCGGCCGCGAGAGUUAUGUUAGUGCGACUGGCUGCAAAAUUGGCAGAGGACGACCCGAGCUUGAGGAGGCCGAUGAUGAAACUUUUGGACGAGUGGUUGCGGGACAAGAGCGAAAUGGUCAACUUCGAGGCGGCAAAGGCCAUCGGAGACAUGCCGGAUCUGACGGAUGCCGAGAUCGGCCAGGCCAUACAUGUGCUGCAGCUUUUCUUGACCAGUCCGAGAGCUGUCACCAAAUUCGCUGCAAUCAGGAUCCUCCACCAAUUCGCUUCCUUCAAACCGGAUGCUGUGCGACAGUGCAAUCCUGACAUUGAAAGCCUCAUUUCGAACUCGAACCGAUCAAUUGCGACGUUCGCCAUCACGACACUUCUCAAGACUGGAAAUGAGUCCUCGGUUGAUCGCCUCAUGACACAAAUCAGCACCUUCAUGUCGGAAAUCACAGACGAGUUCAAGGUGACCAUUGUCGAAGCCAUCAGGACCUUAUGCUUGAAGUUCCCAUCCAAGCAAGCCCGCAUGCUCUCUUUCCUUUCCGGAAUUCUGCGCGACGAGGGCGGCUACGACUUCAAGCGCAGUGUGGUGGAAAGCAUGUUCGAUCUUAUCAAGUUCGUGCCAGAAGCGAGGGACGAGGCGCUGGCACACUUGUGUGAGUUCAUCGAAGAUUGCGAAUUCACCAAACUUGCCGUGCGUAUUCUGCACGUGCUUGGCAUGGAAGGACCAAAGACUGCGCAGCCAACAAAGUACAUUCGUUACAUCUACAAUAGAGUUGUACUGGAAAAUGCGAUCGUGCGUGCUGCAGCAGUUACUGCGCUGGCCAAAUUCGGUGUCGGGCAGAAGGAUCCAGAAGUCAAGAAGAGUGUCGGCGUGCUGCUUAAGAGAUGUCUCGACGAUACUGAUGAUGAAGUUCGCGAUCGCGCUGCACUGAAUUUGCGACUGAUGAAAGAUGAUGAUGAUGAGUUCUCGGGACGAUUCGUCAGAAAUGACUCCAUGUUCUCCCUCCCCAUCCUCGAAGACCAACUCGCACACUACGUCAAUGGCGGGUCAGCAGAGGCCUUUGCCAACCCCUUCGACUUCUCCAGUGUACCAGUCGUCACUCGCGAACAGUCUCUCGCCGAAGACCGCACAAAGAAGCUCACGACCGCCACUCCAACGCUCAAGGCUCCCACGAUUGGUCCAAAGAAGACAGACGCAUCCGCCGCGGAAGUCGUCGCUCAAGCAUCUGCGCAAACGCAGAAGUAUGCCUCGCAACUCUCGGCAAUCCCCGAAUUCUCCUCAUAUGGCGGCGUCCUCAAAUCCUCGUCGAUUGUCGAACUCACAGAAUCCGAGACCGAAUACGUCGUUUCUGCAGUCAAACACUUGUUCAAGGAACACGUCGUCAUCCAGUUCGACAUUAAAAAUACUUUGGCCGAUUAUGUCCUAUCUGAUGUCUCGGUUAUAUGCACACCUUCGUCUCCUGACGAAGAGGAAGAGUCCGCUCUCGUGGACGAUGGUUUUGUUAUCCCUGUGGAUCUGCUCAAGUCCGACGAGCCUGGGACUGUCUACGUCUCCUUCUCGAAACCUCCUGGCCAAUUCGUUGCAGCUUCUUUCACAAAUGUGCUCAAGUUCACGCUCAAGGAGAUCGACCCUACAACUGGCGAGCCCGAAGAAGGUGGUUACGAAGAUGAAUACCAAACUAAUGACCUCGAAUUGGACGGCUCGGACUACGUGGUACCCGCAUUUGCUGGGUCAUUCGAUAACAUCUGGACCAGCAUUCCCGAUGCUAGUGAAGCGAGUGAGACAUUGCAGCUCAGUAAUGCUAAGAGUAUUGCAGAUGCUGUGGAACUGCUUGUCAAGGCUCUGGGCAUGCAGCCUUUGGAAGGGUCAGAGGUGGCUUUGUCAACGUCAACACAUACAUUACGACUUUACGGAAAGUCCGUCACCGGUGGCAAGGUUGCGGGUACUGUAAGAAUGGCUUACUCGGCGAAGAGUGGAGUAACGGUCAAAAUUACAGCCCGUUCCGAGGAGGAAGGACUCGCUGCACUUGUUGUAGGGGGUGUGGCAUAGGCAAGCCCGGCGUGUCUGUCUGGAGAGUAUGUAUGAGGCGAGGCGUCAGGCGCAUCACAAGGUGCUUGUUGUCUGAUCUUAUUAGCGUGGAAAUGGUGUGGAGACUUUUGCUGGAACAGAAUAGAAAAAAGUCGAUCUGCAUGCAUGCUGCAAUGCGCCCAGGGUAGGGUAACGGUAUGGUAUGGAAGAAGAUAUCUACGAAUGUAUUUGAGCAUUGCUUGGUUCCUGCUUCUAC